AUGUGUGAACAAUAUGUCAGACAUUGUAUCUUACCUGAAAUUGGGGAAGUUGGUCAAAAGAAAUUACUUGGUAGUACUGUUGGAAUAUUAGGUGCUGGUGGUCUUGGAAGUCCAGUUAUUCAAUACCUUGCCGCUUUUGGAAUUGGAAAGUUAGUUAUUGUUGAUAAUGACAUUGUUGAAGAGGUCAAUUUAAAUCGACAAAUUAUUCAUAAUUAUCAACGUAUUGGGAAGUAUAAAGCUGAAAGUGCUGCAGAGAGUGUGAAGUUAUUAAACCCUUCUAUCGUUGUUGAACCACAUAUUAUUCGUUUAGAUGAACAAAACGGAGUAGAAAUUUUUAAAGGAUGCAAUAUUCUUGUUGAUUGUAGUGAUAAUCAUCAAGCUCGUUAUGCCAUUUCUGCUGUUGGAGUAAAACUUGGUAUUCCUAUUGUUACAGGGUCUGUUGUAAGAUGGGAAGGGCAUGUCACAGUUUUAAAUUAUCAAAAUGGACCUUGUUAUAAAUGUUUAUAUCCAGUUAUGCCAUCUACAACAUUAAAUGCUACGGCUAAGACUGUAGGAGUUGUUGGAACAAUUUGUGGGGUUAUUGGUUCAAUUGAAGCCAUGGAAACAGUUAAAGUAUUGUUAGGAAAAGGAGAGAUAUUAUCAAAUAAAAUGUUAAUGUUUAAUGGAAUGACAAUGAUGCAUAAAGUAAUAGCCACAAAACGUAAGAACAUAAAUUGUCCAGUUUGUGGUUCAGCUGAAAAAUCAAUGAAUUAGAUGAAAUCCCAAUUCUCAUCAUCACUAUCCUCUUUCUUCUCAUUAGUGAUUGGUUCUUGUU